UCCGCGGGGCCGCCGCAACCUUCCCGAUCCCAUUUGGCUCGCUCCCACACUCAGAACUUACAGCUGUAGUCCCUCCGCUGCUGCCAGACACAACAAGCCAAUAUACCCCAGCCUCGCCCUCGGCUCUCACCUCAGAGGCUACUGUCGUUCGCGAAACAACUCGUUAUUCCUAUUUGGCUCGCUCUGUGUUGUUGAAACUCCCAUAGAGGUGGUGGUUUCCAUUGCAAUUGCAUUUUCCCACCACCGCAUUCGCCCACCGCCUAGAGACGUCCAGAGAACCGUCAAACACCACACACAGCAGCGGUCUGUCAUCCAGUCCUCACCCCGACAUCCCUCGAAAAACACAUCGGCUCACAAACGAAAACGGAUACCGGCAAAACGAAAACAGCGCAAUGGACCCGCCCGUCCCAGUCCCAGUCCCAGUCCCACCACCAGCAGUGCCGCUCCCACCACCCCGCAAAAGCAGCGCCUGCUCAUUACCCGUCACCGAGCGCCGGGGGAGUUCAGGCGCACGCAGCAAUACCGGGACCAUCCCAGAGGAACCUGAGCCGCCCGUAGACCCGCCGAGGAGAAAGUCCCAUGACGCUCGGCCCGAUUCCGCCGGAACGGCAUCAUCUGCAGCGAGUGACCGAAGACCGGUAUCGAACGGCAGUCAUGUGGAGCUGGAAGUGCCCAACCGGACGGUGUCGCUGCAGAUGCUGAAUAAGCCGGUUAAUGUGAAUGCGACGCCAACGUCGGGGGUUAAGGCGGUGGCGGGAAGUGCGAUACCAGAGAAUGGAACGCCGCCGCUGAUGUAUCAGUUUGAGCAGAAUGUUCAUGUGGAUGGGGAAUUGCAUUGGGGCGCUGAUAAGGACCCAUUUGAGAUUUUCGAGAUUCAGGAAAAGCUUGGCGAAGGAGCAUUCGGGGCCGUCUUCAAAGUGUGUUUGAAAGAAACCGGACUCGUGAUGGCGGUGAAAGAAGUCCUCGUCGGAAAACUGAACGACCGAAACAGCAUCCAGAAGGAAAUCAACAUGCUGAAACAAUGCCGACAUCGAAACACCGUCCAGUACUUUGGCUGCUGCAACGUUAAUGACGACUCGAUCUGGAUCCUUAACGAGCACUGCGCCGCAGGCUCGAUCAGCGAUUGCAUCGAGCUCACAGAGAGUACAUUCUCCGAAACACAGAGCGCCAUCGUCCUCGCCUCGGCUCUAGAAGGGCUGGCCUUUCUCCACAGCCGCAACAUCGUCCACAGGGACGUCAAAUGCGCGAAUAUCCUCGUGACGGACAACGCGGUGGUGAAGAUUGGCGAUUUUGGCGUGUCCGAGAAACUCACACAGACGGUGUGCGUGCGCAAUUCGAUCGUGGGCACGCCGUAUUGGAUGAGUCCGGAGGUUAUUACGGGCGCGGAUUAUGGGACCAAGGCGGAUAUCUGGAGUUUAGGGAUCACGGCGAUUGAGAUGUCGGAUGGUGUGCCGCCGCAUUCAACUGUGCAUCCUAUGCGGGCCAUGUUCAAAAUCCCCUUCCUUCCCCCACCCACCCUCCUCCAACCCACCCAAUUCUCCGCCUCCUUCAACGACUUCAUCGCCCAAUGCCUCAUCAAAGACCCCGCCAAGCGCCCCUCAGCCGAAGACCUUUUCAAACACCCCUUCAUCUCCCCCUACGUCGGCGAAGAGCACAACAUCUCCCUCCGCCGGCCCUUGCUUAGCAAAGUUCAGGAAGUGAUGGCCAAACGGCAGGUUGUGAAGAAGGCGGGGAGGAUGAAGGGUACCCCGACCCAGGGGUUGAGGGCCUCACACGUGGUUAUGCAGAAUACGAUGAAUAUGCGGAAGGCCCCGUCAUCGUCAUCGGCGAAACCGACCCGCCAGCUCCGCACGUUAUCGGACUCGUCGACGGAUAGCCGCGGGACGGUGAUCAUCCAUUCCGACGACGACGACAAUACGGGUGACGAGACGUUGAUUGAUGAUGAGCUCUUCCGCCCACUGACCCCCGGUGCCUUUGCCUCGGGGACGAUGGUUAUUCAUGAAGAGGAGGCGGAGGUGGAGAUUGCGUUGCCGACGACGCCGCGGGGCGGCGUGUCGGUGCUGAGGGAUAUGGGCACGGUGGUGAUACAUGAGGAUGCGGAGGAGACGGCGGUGGAGUGGGGGAGUGGGAGGAGUGAGAGGCGACCGUCAGAGGGGAGUCGGGAUGCGGGGGGGUCGGAUGAGGCUACGGAGGUUGAUAGUAUUCGCUCGCGACGGACUUUGGAAGAGGGACGGCUGCCGAGUGUGAUUAGGGCGUCGCAUACGAAGCCUCCUGCCGCUGCGGCUGUCGCGGGCGCGGAAGAUGAUAGCCACUUGGGGACGUUGAUGAGGAAUCAGCAGCGACAGCAGCAGCGACUGGAGGAGGAACGGCGGCAAAAGUUGGAACAGGCUCAACACCAACAACAGGCGAAGUUGGACCAUCCGCAGCGAUCAAAGAUGGCGAAGAAGCUGAAACAGCGGCUGGAGAAGUUCCGUCGGACACUCAAAGGACAACAUGCCACCACCUCAGCGGCCGAAGAGUCCGGGGAUGACCACGAAGGCCAACGAACGAUCGUCGAAAAGCGAAAUAAACGCCGUCCCUCGGGUCUCUCCGCGUCGCCUACACCCCCACCAUGGCAAAAUGGCACAACCACAACCGCAGCAGCAACCUCAGCACCCCCCGUAGUACGGCCCCCAAACAUCCAGUACACACCCCUCAACGUACCCCUCCCCGCACACGCACACGCCCGCCGCCACAGCAUCGAUUCCCCACUCACGCCCUUCGACAAACCGUUGCCGGAACUCCACAUUGAUCUCACGCACCCGGACCAUAACACCCCACAUAAGAAAGGACUGGCGAGGUUCGUUGAUGCGGUGUUUGGAUCGCCGCACCAGCACCAGCAGCAGCAACACGGUCAACGCCGCCCCCACCCGCAUCAGAACGGGAAACGUAGCUUGAGCCACGGAUCUGCGGUGUCUGAUUCCCCAUCCACGGUCCCAAUCCCAUCAAUAGCCACCACCCCGCUCCCCACGACACGUCUCCGUUCCGCGUCCUCAACAAGCACCAACAGCAGUAGCACAACCGACCUCCAUGAACUCAUCCGAAUCCACGACAGCCUCGUCCGCGAAAUCGAAGAAGCCAAAAAGGCAAACCGGUUCUGGAAAUUCCGCGUACCUUCCAUCCACUCCGUAUCCUCCAACGGGGAUCUCCUCGACGACGACGAUAACGAUGGCGAGAGUACCCGCCAGAUCGACCCCGACGAUGACGGGUCUGUCAAUAAUGGGGAUUUCGACGAUAUCGAUUUGGCGGCUUACGUCCUUGACAGCACGACUACGGAGACGGGCUCGCAGCAUACCCUCGCCACCCGCCGGCGAGCCGCGACAUACCCGUUUGAGGAGCGACCGUCGUUUUUGGAUAUCGACCCGGCGACGCUGGGAGUGUCUGAUUACUUUGAUGAUGAUAAUUUGCCGACUCCGACCAUCACUGACCCGCUUGCGCGUCGGUUGGGAUCGUCGCACCGCCAUAUCGAUGAUCUGAUUCCCACCGAGCCUGAUACAACGAGUUCAUCAUCACAACGGAGCAUUCUGAACCCCACGCACGAGUCCGAGUUAACGCACCAAAUCUCGACGCUGGCGCUGCACCACCUCCCGUACAUCAACUCUGACCAAGCGGCAGAGACGAUCGGAGCGACGGCGGUGCUGUUGUGGAAGAUUUUCUGUGUGUUGUGGCGACAGUUCAAAGGGCGGUUUUGGUUGCAUGCGUUUUAUAUUGUGUUGAUCAGUAGUUUGGUGUGGGGGGGCAGGUCGGGUGGGAGUGGGAACACGAGUGUGAGAGGAACGGCGGGGAUUAUUGCGAGGACGGAGACGGGGAAGGUGGGGAGGGUGGGGACGGAGGCUGGGAGUGCCCUCGAGCGGGAGAGGGAGCGGGAGAGGGAGAGAGAGAGGGAGAGAGAGAGAAAGAAGGAGGUGGUGGGUGUGGCGUAUGAGCGUAAGAACGUCGGUUUGGGUGUAGGGGUAGCUGAGUAGUGUAUGUAGCUACCUCUUCCCCCUCGCCCUUCUGUUUUUUUGGAUAACCCCCCCUCCCAACUCCUGUUUUUUUUGGCUCACUUUUCGGUCCCCCACAUCUCGCAUACUCACAGUGCAUAUACAUAUUCAUUCAUGCUCCAUGUACCAUAGCGACCUCGAGCGACCUCCAUGUUCAAGAACAGACACGCAGUCUUGUUAGGGUUGACAUGGCGCGAGCGAAUAAGGCCAAGUGACUGCGCGAAAUAAUUAUUAACCCC